AAGAGGGAGAAAUAGAACACAGAGAGGGACGUCUGAGUCGUCGUUUUAUUGUUUUUGAAAAGCCGUUUUUAAUUAGAAAGAAAAAAAGAAAAGAGAAGCCGUUUUUGAGGUUUUGAGCGAAGAGGAGAAACUACGAGAAAAAAAUUUCACUUUAGAUAUGGUAAGUGCGAGAAAGUGAGGGAAAGUGAGAGAAAAUUUGAAAGAUGGGUUCUGUGAGCUUGGACGGAGACCCUUUUUCAGAUGCUGUAGUGGCUGGUUCACUCAAACCCUCUUGAACUAAAACCAGAGAUGAGAAAAAGCAUAAUAUCGUUUGAAGAUUCUUAAGUUAUUGAAGGAGAUUUAAGUCACGUCCACUGUUUCAUAAGUGCUGAAGCUUCUGGAUAUCUCUAUUGGGUGGCUGAAACUGGAAUCAAACUGAAGCUGUAUUCCUGUUUCAGCAUCUGUCUGAGACUUCCAAGUUUUUCUGCAGUCAAAAGCUGUAAGCAAGUUUGUAGUUUGGCAUGUGUUAGAUGGGUUGUUUGUACAUGCAUGUGAUGUGUUCUUCAUAGUAUUCUGGCAGUGACGUUAAUCACAGUUACGUUCAGCUAAACGGAAAUAAUGGUUUGAUGGAACAAUCGGGCAUACAAAAACAAUUUCAGCACAAUUCCAUGGAUCCUAGAAAUGAGGAACUCCAGCCUGCAUCUAAGUCAUUUAUUCAGGACCCUCUGAGUGGGAUGGAUACUAAUGUUAGAGCUCCUGACCUUAAUGUACCAGAAUUUAAACCGGUUCAUAAUUACUCCAUACAGACAGGCGAGGAGUUUGCACUCGAAUUUAUGCGCGACCGGGUGAAUCCAAGGAAGCCUUUUCUUCCAUAUGCUGAUCCAAAUCAUGCAACAGGUUAUAUGGAACUAAAAGGAAUGUUAGGCAUCAAUCAUACAGGGUCUGAAAGUGGACCAGAUAUUUCAAUGCUCACCACUGUUGAUAAAUGUCCAGAAGAGUUUGAGAGAAAGGACUCUUCUUUACAUAAAGACGGAGGUAACACAUCUUUCUGUGAAGAUAGAAGUAACUAUCGGUCAUUACCACAAACUUUGUCAGGUUAUGACAGUAGUCGAGGAGUUCUUCAUGGCUAUACCUCUUCUGGAGCCUCCAAUAGCUUGUCAAUGAAAAUGAAGGUUCUCUGUAGCUUUGGUGGAAAAAUCCUACCUAGGCCAAGUGAUGGAAAGCUGAGGCAUGUUGGAGGUGAAACACGCAUUAUACGUAUAAGAAAAGACAUUUCUUGGGAGGAGCUUGUGCAGAAAACAUUAUCAAUUUAUAAUCAAACCCAUGUUAUUAAAUAUCAGCUUCCUGGAGAGGAUCUUGAUGCCUUGGUUUCUGUGUCUUGCUAUGAGGAUCUGCAGAAUAUGAUGGAGGAGUGUAAUGAACUAGAGGAUAGAGAAGGAUCACAGAAGCUUAGGAUGUUUCUGUUCUCCAUGGGUGAUUUGGAUGAUGCUCAGUUUGGUUUGGGGAGUGUGGAAGGUGAUUCUGAGGUUCAGUAUAUGGUUGCUGUCAAUGGCAUGGACAUGGGGUCAAGAAACUUGACCUUGCAUGGUCUGAUGAGCUCUUCAGCAAAUAUUUUAGGUGUGUUAGACGGACAGGAUAUUGAGGGGGAAAGUAGGCUUGCAACAAACUCAAUAGGUGUUAGCACUUCACCUUUGAUGGGCACUUUUGUCUCAUCAUCGACUGUUCAAUCUUUGCAACCAAAUCUACCAAGUUCCUCAGAUAUUUAUGAACCCUACUCACAGACUUAUCAUGGGCAGAUGACACCCCAUGGAGAAUCUAAGCAGUAUCCUUUUCACCAUGGCCAGGAUCCUCCUCAUCACUCCCCUUUUGAGGGAAUUCCUGCUCUCGUUCCUCUUCAUGGGUUGAUGAAUCAACAGAGAGAUUUAUAUAGUGGCUUAUGUGAACAGAAUUUGGAGAUAGCCAUAAUGCAGGUGAAACCAGAAUGUGAUGGUUCUGUUCAGCAAAAGAGUGACACCAGCAACAUUUGUUCCUCAGAGCAAGAUUACACUGUUCCUCCACAGCCACAUGAUGGUAGGUUGAUAGAUCAUCUUUCUUUUGAAGAAUUAGGGGUCAUGGUUACUGCAUCUGAAGGAGAUCUAUCUUUAUUGUCUUCAAAAAAUGAGGCAAAGCACCAGGAACCUGAAAAUGUCUCCUCGUCGGUUGAUGCUGUGAAUCCGGCGCAGCUUCCUAAAUCUAGCGAUGAUAACCCUUAUUCUAGUAGUGCAUUUGCUCCUGCAGAUUCUGAGUCCAGUGUGGUUGAUCUGAGUUACCUUGAGCCACCUACGCCUGCUCAGAGAUACUUCUAUUCAGAGAGAAUUCCAAGGGAGCAGGCAGAGUUGUUGAAUCGAUUGUCAAAGUCUGACGAUUCACAUGGUUCUCAGUUUCUCAUGUCUCACUCACGUUCUGAUAUUGCCCAGCAGGAUUCAAUUGCAGAAUGUGUUGACAAAUUGCAUGACAAAAAUCUGGCUCCUCAGACUGAACAGUCCUCAAGAGCAAAGCCAUUGUUUAUAGAUACCAACUCCAUUGAUGAUGGACUUGCCCAACUUCAAAAGUACAAAGAGUUUGCUGAUGCAGUUUUUCAGAUGCAUUCCAAGCAUUUGCAAGAUGUGGAUUGUGAGUUGAAGCAUGAAUCACCAGAUGCUAUGUAUAAUAAAGAUGCUGUGAAUGAGAAUACUGUUCUUAAGUCUGGCCAUGAAACAAAUGGCACUAAAGAUGGGAAUAAGAGACCCUUGGCUGAUGAGCCUGCAGAAGCUGGAUCAGAACUUCCUGCUGUGAGUCAAGUAGCUGCCUUUGAGCACCAUAAGGAUACAUCAUCUGAUCUUCCGAAGCUUCAUUGGAGUGAGGGCACAUGCAAGGGUUCCAGCAGUGAUGAUGCAAAGGGACAAGCACAAACUUUUUCUUGGAUCGGAAACUCAAUUGAUGAUGUUUCUCAAGAAAUUCCUUCUGGUGGUGACUCUGCACCAGUUCAGGGAGACAUAGUUAUUGAUAUUAAUGACAGAUUCCCUCGCGAUUUCCUUUCUGAUAUAUUUUCCAAAGCAAUACUUUCUGAAGAUUCCUCUGCCAUUAGUCCACUGCCAAAAGAUGGAGCUGGCCUGAGCUUAUACAUGGAGAAUCAUGAACCUAAACGUUGGUCAUAUUUUCAGAAAUUGGCACAAGAAGGGUUUGUUCAAAAAGAUGAUUCUCUUAUCAGUCAGGAUCAUCUUGGGUUUUCACCUGUGAUUAGAAAAGUUGAAGAAGGAGAUCAUGUAUCUUAUCGUUUUACACCUUUAACGUCAGAUGGAGUUUCAGAUAGCCAUUUGGAUUCACAGCUUAAUCUUGGUGAAGACGAUCAUAAAGAAUUACCUAGAACAGUUGGAGCUGACAACAAAGUUCUGCAUUCAAAUUAUGAUGAUUCCCAAGUUAAGGGCACUGAAAGUAUGCAGCUUGAUGGUAUGAUGGAAAACCUACGAAUGCCAGACUCAGAGUAUGAGGAGGGGAAGAUUGAAUCCAGGAAUAUUGGUCUACCUCCUCUAGAUCCUUCUCUUGGAGAUUUUGAUAUCAGUACUUUACAGAUUAUAAAGAAUGAAGAUCUUGAAGAGCUGCGGGAACUGGGUUCCGGUACCUUUGGGACUGUGUAUCAUGGGAAAUGGAGAGGAACGGAUGUUGCCAUUAAGAGAAUAAAGAAGAGCUGCUUCACUGGCCGAUCAUCAGAGCAAGAGAGAUUGACUACAGAGUUCUGGCGGGAAGCUGACAUUCUCUCAAAGCUUCACCAUCCCAAUGUGGUGGCAUUUUAUGGUGUAGUACAAGAUGGACCUGGGGCAACAUUAGCAACUGUGGCGGAGUACAUGGUUGAUGGUUCUCUUAGGCAUGUUUUAGUUCGCAAGGAUAGGCAUCUUGAUCGUCGCAAGCGGCUAAUAAUUGCUAUGGAUGCAGCAUUUGGAAUGGAAUAUUUACACUCAAAGAAUAUUGUGCAUUUUGACUUGAAAUGUGACAACCUGCUUGUGAACUUGAAAGAUCCUUCACGACCAAUUUGCAAGGUUGGUGAUUUCGGUUUGUCCAAAAUCAAGCGAAAUACCUUGGUUUCUGGUGGUGUACGGGGAACCUUGCCAUGGAUGGCUCCAGAGCUGUUGAACGGCAGCAGCAGUAAGGUCUCUGAAAAGGUUGAUGCGUUCUCCUUUGGUAUUGUAUUAUGGGAGAUUCUCACUGGCGAGGAGCCAUACGCCAACAUGCAUUAUGGUGCAAUUAUAGGAGGUAUUGUGAACAACACAUUGAGGCCAACUAUUCCAAGUUACUGUGAUCCUGAAUGGAGAAGACUAAUGGAGCAGUGUUGGGCCCCUAAUCCUGCAUCCAGGCCGUCCUUCACGGAAAUCGCCAGUCGUUUACGUGUCAUGUCUGCAGCAGCUACCCAAGCCAAAGCACAUGGUCAAAAGUCAUCUAAAUAGUGGUUCAUUGGUUCCUUAUGGCAUUACUGAUGUGAGAUAGAUACCAUAUGACAAGUUAAUUCUUUUAAUUGUACUAUAGCUAGCUUAUAAUAUUAGUCAGGAAUAAUUGGCUUCCAUAAUUUUCUUUUCCCUCAAAAUGGAAUAGCCUCUCUUUCCAAGUAAAUCUCUUAAUAAUAAUCCUCUUUUUCCUUC